AUGAAAUCACAAACAGCCUUCCUACUCCUCAGCAGCUUGUUUUUGGUUGAUGGUCGCGAUGAGUUCGAAGAAAGAAAACAGUUUCAUGAACAGCUAUGCCGAAAAAGGCCGUCAUUGUCCAAAUGUUCUGAGCCUUUUACGAAAUCGACAUAUGAGAAAGAGUUAAUGGAUCAUCAUGAGAAAGGACGUUCAUCAUUGGAAAUGACCGCUGCACGCGCAUUUGCAGCGAGGAGCGCAGUCAAAAGAGAAUCACCAUGGAACGACGUCGACGAAGAUGCCGAGUAUGAAUACUACCUUUGGAAGAAGUACAGACGUGCUAAGCUACGACAACGACUUUUGGAAGAUCGUUUUGAGUGCGAUUUUGCCUCUUCCAGUCCCUUUAGCGACAACUGUACAAAUAAGCAAAUUUCAGAAGCAGUCCAUCUAUUCAUCACCAUUACCACUACGACAGAACGAAUCCGUAUUACAACCGACCAAGCUAUGGAUACAGGUAACUCGGUCACGAUUACAGGUCACCAAUCUAUGGCAGUGGAUACGGCUAUGGGUAUCCUUCGUAUGGUGGUUCCAGUUAUGGCUAUGGAUAUCCUUCAUAUGGAGGCUAUGGUUACCCAUCAUAUGGCGGCUACGGUGGUGGCUAUGGAGGAGGCCUGUUCAAUAUGGGGAUAA